CCGGAAAACCACCCCUUAAAGUUUAGACGGGUACACAGAUAAAAGCUUCACACUCCAGUCCAGUCAGUGGCGGUAAAAAAAAAAAACACCUGCGUUCUUUGAAUCGCACUAGAAGUAGAGAAAAGACGAGACGUCUGCAGCGGAGGCGGGUAUGUGACGUCACGCGCGCAACGUCCAGAAUCAACUAUGGCGGAAAGGUAGUGGCGACUCACACUUUACCGGUAAUAUCGACAUCGGAUAGCAGAUAUCUGAACGAGUCACCAUUCUUCGUCUCCGGCUUACGCGCAAGCAUCCCAUUUCCUCGUGCACUCUCUCUGAUCUUCGUGGAACCAACAAAAACAUGCCUAACAUCAAGAUUUUCAGCGGCAGCUCCCACCAGGACCUGUCUCAGAAGAUCGCAGACCGUCUCGGACUGGAGUUGGGAAAAGUGGUGACGAAAAAGUUCAGCAACCAAGAGACGUGUGUGGAGAUUGGAGAGAGUGUACGUGGAGAGGAUGUGUACAUAGUCCAGAGUGGCUGUGGAGAAAUUAACGAUAACCUCAUGGAACUUCUGAUUAUGAUAAACGCCUGCAAGAUCGCGUCGGCCUCCCGAGUCACAGCGGUCAUCCCAUGCUUCCCUUACGCCCGGCAGGAUAAGAAGGAUAAGAGCCGGGCACCCAUUUCUGCCAAGCUGGUGGCGAAUAUGCUUUCGGUUUCUGGUGCUGACCACAUCAUAACCAUGGAUCUGCAUGCUUCUCAAAUACAGGGUUUCUUUGACAUUCCAGUGGACAACUUAUAUGCAGAGCCUGCCGUUUUGAAGUGGAUUAAGGAGAACAUCCCCGAAUGGAAGAACUGCACUAUCGUGUCUCCCGACGCUGGAGGAGCUAAGAGAGUGACCUCCAUUGCAGACAGGCUAAAUGUUGACUUUGCCCUCAUUCACAAAGAAAGGAAGAAGGCCAAUGAGGUGGACCGCAUGGUUCUGGUUGGAGAUGUGAAAGACCGGGUGGCCAUAUUGGUGGAUGAUAUGGCGGACACCUGCGGUACCGUCUGCCACGCUGCUGAUAAGUUAAUAUCAGCGGGUGCGGUUAAAGUGUAUGCCAUCCUCACCCAUGGCAUCUUCUCUGGACCAGCCAUUUCGCGCAUCAACAACGCUUGCUUUGAGGCUGUGGUUGUGACCAAUACAAUUCCUCAGGAGGAGAAGAUGAAGCAUUGUCCCAAAAUACAGGUCAUUGACAUUUCCAUGAUCCUCGCCGAGGCCAUCCGCAGGACCCACAACGGCGAGUCGGUGUCGUAUCUCUUCAGCCACGUUCCUUUGUAAGCUCUCCAGCUCCUGUCCGUCUACGGCGACUGAACGAGGAGCUGCUCCUCCGUUCAUCUGACCCAAAGACUCCUGAGCGAAUGUAUUCUUGUAGCUGAGGAUUCCAGCGAGACUUCAUGAAUUCUGUCUGAAAUGUUGAGCUUGUGUUUCACAGUCUGUUUUGCUUACCAAAUCGCUGUUACAAUCCGUGACCGAAAGUUAGACGUUAGGUUAACCGGGGCCAGAACUUGUUGAACCUCAUUUAUUUAUUUGCAUCCGUUUGUAUUCAUUUCUGUGCUUUGAGCCAAGUAAAGUCACAUGAUGAAUAAGUGGUGGAGAGAUGACUUGGACAUCCUUUUUGAAGAAAACAAUCGGUGGACACACUUUAUUUUGAGUUUCAAGAUUUAGUUCACUAGAUUAAAGCGGUUUUUAGCUUGUGCCCUUUGCAGGCUGCAGCCUACCAGUAGAUUCUUAACCAAAAUUGGUGGUUUUAUUUCUCUUUAUUGAUUUUUGUUUUUCAAGGAUGUUUUUAAUAACUCUUUAUAUGACAUUUCUAUGAAUAAAAAAAUAUCAUUUUGGUUACAUUACGCCAUUCUGAUUCCCCUCA